UGAGUUAAACAGUCGAUCUCUUGCGCUUCAGGUUUUGUUUAUAAAGAAAUCCGGAAUUAUCAAUGUGACCUAUACUACACUUGACUUAAAAGAACAUACACACAUAUAGAAAGAUAAUUGCAGUGACUAAUGAUUUCAAACUCAAGUAGCCACAGAGUUCUCAUGCUCUGGGUAUUUAUUUACAUCCUUGUUGGCUUUUAUAUCUUGGAGUGCCAGGCCAGGGGUGUCGGUGAUUUAAAUAGUGAAAAUGUAAUUGAAGACGAUACUGUGGAGUACCUUAAAUCCUAUGGCGAAAAAAUGAAAUCCUACAUGAAUCUAAGCGUGGCACCUUGUGAUGACUUUUACGAAUACGCCUGCGGAAAUUGGAAAAACGUACGUCCGGAUCGGUUCCAGCCCAACCACAAAAGAAACAACCUCUUAGAUAUUGUCUACACCCUGAUCAAUGAAGGAGAAAAGCUCCUGACCAGCACGCAGUUGGCCCAGGCGCUUAACGUUUCUACGGAACUGCAGAUUGCGCAACAAUUCUACAACACGUGUCUCUCGGCGCCUGCUUUUCCGCUGCCGGCCGCUGAUCCCGCUUAUGUGGAGCUUAUCAAGUCCAUAGGUGGUUUCCCUGCCGUCGAGGGAGCGGCAUGGAAUGCUUCUAGAUUCAGCUGGUUUAAUAUGAGCGCUCAUCUCACGAAUUUCGGGGUCAAAGGGUUGAUUAACGAGGAUAAUUUGCCGCAGUACCCCUUUACUCCGUUUUUUGAAUUGCCAGAACUGGGAUUCGAUCACAUCGUCCAGACGGAUAACAUAGCCAACAGUACCUCCCGAGCCUACAAGCUCAACGAGAAACGAAUGAAGAGUUAUCUGCAACCUUAUAAUCUCACGGAGGACAAGAUUUCGGAGGUGAUCGCUGGAGUUUUUGACUUCUGGCGUGACGCACUCGCAGUUGCGGAUAGAUUUGAAGGUGAUAACGAGAAAUGUAUAGAAAUUUCUGAAAACGAAAAUCUGCCCAAGUAUCAUCAGUGGGAGAGUUACUACGAGAUUGCAUGGAACGGGAAAAACUUUUCUAACGUGGGAGGGACGGAUGGAUAUUGCGACUACUACUACGAACAGUUGGAAAAAGUGUGCUCAAAGCACCCAGAGGCAGUGGCAAACUAUCUAGCCAUGCUACUGUUAUAUCGAAUGGAUGCCAAACUGAAGGAGGAGAAGUAUCACAAGGAUUACUGCUACUCGGUAGUACAAAGCGGCUUUUCCUACGUUUUGAACAAGCUCUACAUGGCGCAUUUUAAAGACCGGACUCGCUCAGAAGUGGCGUCUAUUGUGCAGGAACUUCGCAAUACCCAAAAGAAGGCGCUUGAGAAAGUGGAAUGGCUGGACCCGGAGACUCGCCAGGAGGCACAGCUUAAGGAGUCGACCAUUGAGCCUGUUAUUGGAAGCUAUAAAAACGAAGAGGUUAGCACUCGCUUGAUCCAAGAAAUUCACAGUCUCGACUUGGAGAACGCGAGCUUCCCCCAGCGCCUGAUCCAACAACGAAAACUGCUCACCCGCUUGCGCCGUUUCAAUGGAUUCCACAGCGAGCCCAAUGACACGAAGCCCCUGGAGUUGCUAUUGGGCAUGCAAGUGAAUGCCUUUUAUUACAACCUUGAUAACUCCAUUUAUGUCAUGGCUGGCAUAUUGCAUCCACCUGUUUAUCAUCCUGACUGGCCGAAUUCCCUCAAAUUCGGUACUUUGGGCUACCUGGUGGGCCACGAGCUAACCCACGGCUUUGACACUGUCGGCUCCAAGUACGAUAGUGAAGGAGAAAAGCGCAACUGGUGGUCAAAGAAGUCUCGAGGUGUUUUUGAAGAGCGAGCAACGUGUUUUGUGGACCACUACGACCGCUAUCUUAUACCUGAGAUUAAUCAGAAAAUCAAUGGCAAAGGGACCCAGGACGAAAACAUCGCAGAUAGCGGUGGGCUGCAGGGUGCACUUGAUGCAUAUCGCAACCACAUGAAACAGUUGAAGAAUAGAAGCGAGGUGGACAACGAGACCCUGGAAAGCGAACAAAUGCCCGGGCUGGAUCUAUCGCCGGAACAGAUUUUCUAUCUCGGAUUCGCCCAGCUCUGGUGUGCGGAUUACGAGCAGGAACAUUACUGGGAAGAGCUAACCAAUGAACACACCAUAGACAAGUAUCGUGUCUUGGGCGCAGUCUCCAACAAUUAUGAUUUUUCUCAGGUUUAUAAUUGCCCCUCCGGCAGUCCAAUGCAUUCCCAAGCGCAUAGCUGUCGCAUUUGGUAAUUAUUCUUAUUUAAAACAUUUGUAAGAAUUUUAAAGAUUCUCCUAAUACAUCAUCCUUAUAUGAAAUAAAAUAUGAAAAGGAAA